AUGGCUUCAAGAAAACGGGAGUCGGACGAGGAGGAGCAGACCUUCCUGCCCAAAUCCGGGUCGAACGAAGAUGUCGCGACCGGCUUCUCGACGGUAUGCCUGAAAUGCGACGCCAACAACCCUCGGAAGCGCGGCGUGGUAUGGUACUUGAGGUUAUUCUUGGAAAUCACUAUGGCGGGCACAAUAGUUUAUCUGCUGGUCGCCAAACCACUGGUCGUCUCACGCGAGACCCUACGGCGUACACCAGUACCGAGCUUCCCACGAAAGAUCUACACCUUCCAAGACAACCCCAAAUACCUUCGCGGUGAUAUGUGGUUCAACGAGACACUCACCCUCCACACGCUCCACAACUGGCUCGGGUUGAGCUCGGAAAGCCGAGGCUAUGUGGUUGUCGACGACGCCAGCCGCUACGACCUCCCGGAGCCGUACACGGUCGCGCUGGACCGGCACCACGACGGGCCGGGGUACAUGAUGACCGUGUUCCACCAGCUGCACUGUCUCUCCUACCUCGCCGAGCACUACCAGCAGGGGUUCGCCGGCGCCAACCUGACCGAAGAGGUGGCCCACCACACGAGCCACUGCUUCAACUACAUCCGCCAGGGCAUCAUGUGCUCGGCCGACACCACCCUGGAGGGCAAGACGGACGCCGGGCCAGGCGAGGGCUCGGAGCACGAGUGCGUCGAUUACGACGCCCUGCUGGAUUGGGCCAACGCGAACUCGGCCAUGAAAUGGCGGACUGCUCUGCUUCCGGAGACGUCCAUCCUCUGA